AUUUUGCUCAGGCACAUCUCAGAUGGCAUUGUUUGGGGUCCUAGCUAGAGGCUCGGCGCCAGUCUCCCCGGCAGUCGCAGCAGAAGUAAAUACGAGCAAAAGUCAGAAAAAAACUGUCAGAGGAAUCGGGGUGUUUAGGGACUUUGGACCUUCAGGCGUCCAGCAAUGAAUCUGGAACUGCUCGAAUCGUUUGGGCAGAACUAUCCAGAGGAGGCAGAUGGCACUCUGGACUGUAUCAGCAUGGCCCUCACGUGCACCUUCAACCGCUGGGGAACCCUGCUGGCUGUGGGCUGCAACGACGGUCGCAUUGUCAUCUGGGACUUCCUCACACGAGGGAUAGCCAAAAUCAUCAGCGCACACAUCCACCCAGUCUGCUCUUUAUGCUGGAGUAGAGACGGCCACAAGCUGGUGAGUGCCUCUACAGACAAUAUCGUCUCCCAGUGGGAUGUCCUCACGGGGGACUGUGACCAGAGGUUCCGCUUCCCCUCACCAAUCCUGAAGCUUCAGUACCACCCCAGAGACAUGGACAAGGUGCUGGUGUGUCCCAUGAAGUCAGCGCCAGUCCUGCUGACGCUGUCAGAUUCCAAACACGUUGUCCUGCCUGUGGAUGAUGACUCAGACCUCAACGUGGUGGCAGCCUUCGACAGGCGAGGUGAAUACAUCUACACUGGCAAUGCCAAAGGAAAGAUCCUGGUGUUGAACACAAACACUCAGGAACUGGUGGCUUCAUUCAGAGUCACAACAGGCACCAGCAACACCACAGCCAUCAAGUCCAUCGAAUUUGCACGAAAGGGCAGUUGCUUCCUAAUAAACACAGCAGACCGGAUCAUCAGGGUGUAUGACGGCAGAGAGAUCCUGACCUGUGGCCGGGACGGUGAGCCUGAACCUAUGCAGAAACUUCAGGACUUGGUAAACAGGACUCCAUGGAAGCGAUGCUGUUUCUCAGGGGAUGGUGAGUACAUUGUGGCUGGUUCAGCAAGGCAGCAUGCCCUCUACAUCUGGGAGAAAAGCAUCGGGAACCUGGUGAAGAUCCUGCAUGGAACCAGAGGAGAGCUGCUCCUGGAUGUCGCUUGGCAUCCGGUCCGUCCCAUCAUUGCCUCCAUCUCUAGUGGAGUGGUGUCCAUCUGGGCUCAGAACCAAGUCGAAAACUGGAGUGCUUUUGCUCCAGACUUUAAAGAGCUGGAUGAGAAUGUGGAGUACGAGGAGCGAGAGUCGGAAUUCGACAUUGAGGACGAAGACAAGAGCGAACCCGAGCAGACAGGUGCAGACGCUGCAGAAGAUGAAGAGGUGGAUGUGACCACUGUUGAUCCCAUAGCUGCUUUUUGUAGCAGUGAUGAGGAGCUGGAGGACCACAAGGCCCUACUGUACCUGCCCAUCGCCCCCGAGGUUGAAGAUCCAGAGGAAAACCCGUUCGGUCCCCCGCCAGACGCUUCAGUUCAAUCUGGAGCUCCAGAUGACACAUUGACUGGUGGUGAUAAGAAGCAGCGCCAGCCUUCAUCUGAAGGCGGUCCAGCCAAGAAAAAAGCUCGGACCACCACCAUUGAACUGCAGGGGGUGCCCAGUGAUGAGGUACACCCCUUACUGGGUGUAAAAGGGGACGGCAAGUCAAAGAAGAAGACAGCAGGCCGGCCCAAAGGCUCCAAAGGUAAAGACAAAGACUUCCCCUUCAGGCCGAAGCCCUACAAGGGCGAUCGGCCCUCCUUUCCUGUGGUGCCCGAUGCCCUGGGCAGCUCUGGCCUGGGAGGAGUAGGAGGAAUAGGAGGAGGAGGAAUAGGAGGAGGAGGAGGAGGGCUGAAGGGCAGAGCAGAGGGGGGCCAGGCCACAGGGAGUCUGGUCACACCGUCGUACAAACAGCACGACAUCGGAGGGAUGGACUGAUCCAGCUCUGUGUGUUUGUGGAGGAACAUCAGCAGGCUCAAAAGAAAGAGACACAAAUCCUGAAGUGGUGUACAGACUGUGAAUGAGCAGCCUGUUUGGUGUGCAGACUGUUUUCUCCCCCAACCAGAGACCAGCGUCACAGGAAAACUCGUCAGCCCGGUUCUCUGACCGGACCCGUGAAGCGGCCGAGUUGUCACAGUAGAGGUCACACGUCCUCCGUAGGAUUUCAUCAUGUAUAGAACGUCUGUGUCCUAAUAGUGUGUGCGUUGUCUUGCUUGUCGUUUUUAUACGUAUUAAAACAUUCUGAUUUAUAAAUAA